AUGGUCCUCGCCUCGCUUUGCGCUUCCUCUUGCUCUCGCUCGUGUCUUGUGCGUCCUGUUGUUAUCGCUCGUGUUCUUCCUCUCGUUCUCCGCGAGCCGCGUGGAAAACAGGCGAGGCAAGCUGAGAGAGUGAAACGCUGGCGAGACGCCCGAUACUUCUGUACGUGGGGUGUAUGUCCACUGGAGUGUGUGUACCCCACAGAAAGGGCAGGGAGGAGGAGGCGACUCGGGGAAGACGGAGAGUUGCGCAAGUCGAGGAAAAACGAAAAGUUGGGAGACAAGGCUCCACCAGACGUUGAAAAUACUCACGGAGAACAGCUGACCGGAACAGCGUGCGUACACGACUGCAGAAAGGCGAGUGCAGGGUCGCGGAGACAAACGGUCCUGCCCUUGGCUUCCCUCCUGCAGACAGUCGUGCUCGACUCGGAGUGUGGAAGAAAGCGACGACGAAAUCGCGCAUGCAGAUCUUUGCACGUAGUGCCCCAGCUGUCACCCUUCCGUGAACUGGCCGAGGCAAAGGAAGAUCGCCGGCGACCUGCUCUCUGCCGUGGAAGGCCUUCUUCUCGGACUGCAGGCGUCAAAAAGCAAACCGCUCGAAAGACAAGCAAGUCGUUUCUGAAGAGUGGAGGAGCACGCAGUGCAGGGGCGGAGAACGAACCGAGAGAAGAGAAGGCGCGCAGAGACGGAGGAAUCCCAGUCUGCGGUCUGCGUCUUUUCGCGCAACUCUGCGUCUUCAGGCAAUUUCUGGGUGCCUUCUCGGCCUCCCCAACUCUGCGCUUGCCAAGGCAAGAACUGCCGCGGAGAAAAAAAAAGAGACAACGGAGACGAUGGUGCGCGCGAGUCGACGAAAAAUCACGAGUGUACAGAGCCGUCGAGAUGGAGGUGGAAGCGGCGAAAUCCGGACUCUUUCCACGAAGGAAAACGGAGAAUCUGUGAAGUCAACGCGGAAAGAAACCGCAGGUUUCCCCGGAUGAAAGGCGGAAAAGAGCCGCACAGGGAGCAACGAGAAGUGGAACCGUACCUGGCCGCCUGUGCUUCUUGCCCCCUACAUCCACGCCUGUUCAGUCCAGCUGAGUUGGGAGAGACACCGAGUCUCUGGAGCAGAGUUUGCGCAGAGAAAUCGAGCGUGAAAAUCAAUUCAAAGUCCUGUUUCGA